GCAGAGCAGCGAGUCACGGCGCCGGAUCAGCAUUGAUCUUAAGGGUUCGUGGGCAAAACGGAUAUUGAUUUCAGCAACGGACAACCGGUAUAAACUAGUCACGUGACUGCAAUUAACCGUCUUUUAAAUAACAAGACGAAACAUACAUUUAAAUGCCUUUAAUCGCCUUGAUCAGUCCGGGAGAUAUAUGAAGAUCAUCACACAAAAAAACAAAGGUGACAUCUAAUCCUCAAUCAAGAUUCGACACUUCACCCGGAGACCAAUUGAUCGAAGAGGAAAUUUACCGAUUUGUCUGUAUGGAUCCUGUGGCUUCUGAUCAAUACAGGAUGAUCAGGUCCAUUUAAUCUUUCGUAAUGGGCUUGAUUGACCUAGCUUGUACGAUCGUCUUCUGGUGGAACUGACAUUACAAACAUUCAAUACUUUACGUCUUCCUGAUAUGGCACUUAUCCGAAUCCUACGACAGCUAGACCGGAACUGAGCUCACUAACUUCUGCGACUAAGCUAUUUCCGCUUCCUGUGAUGGCGACGGGUCACGUCAGAGAGUACAUCAAGAGGGUUGCAUCCAUUGAUCAAGAAAUAUAUCCAAAAUGGGAUCUUACGAAACCGCUUCCAAAGUUACCGGUUCCCGAACUACACAGUACCGUACAGAAGUACUUGGCAAUCAUCCGACCCAUCGUGUCCACUCAACAGUUCCUUAAAACGAAGGCCCUUAUAAAGGAGUUCUGUGAUCCCGGGGGUGAGGGCGAGAUCCUGCAAGAACAACUGAAAUUGUUCGCCGAGUCUAAGGAGAAUUGGGCAUAUAGCUGGUGGUUUGAUGACAUGUACAUGAAGAACCGACUUCCCCUCCCGAUCAACUCCAACCCUGGGAUGAUCUUCCCCAAACAACAAUUCAUCGACCGCAGGGAUCAGCUACGAUAUGCAACGAGACUUAUUUCCGGAAUACUUGACUACAAAACUAUAAUUGACGCACAUGGGCUACCGAUAGAUCGAGCGCGUCACAAGGUCAAAGGUCAGCCGUUAUGUAUGGAGCAAUACUACCGUCUUUUUACGUCGUACCGAGUUCCGGGCGUCAACAAAGACUGUCUAAUCUCCAACACCAGCAAACUGAUGCCGGAGCCGGAACAUAUCAUCGUCAUAUGCAAAAACCAGUUUUUCGUCUUGGAUGUCGUUAUCAACUUCACCCGUCUUAGUGAAGACGACUUACUCACACAAUUAGAUCGGAUAUACAAGAUGGCGGAGGAGGUGACCAACGCAGAGCCUGUCGGGAUACUUACGGCGGCCUACAGGGACAAAUGGGGUGAUGCCAGAAUUAAACUCAUGCAAGACUCUACAAAUCGUGAUUCUUUGGACGCCAUCGAGAGGAGUAUUUUUAUAUUGUGUUUGGAUAGUUCUAUACCUGUAUCUUUCAAUCAUCAGAACAGUAUCGACGAGACCAACUUGAAUAUCCGGGACGAAGUGUCCUUGUUGUACCAGAUGCUUCACGGCUUUGGUUCGGAGCAGAACGGGGCUAACCGCUGGUAUGACAAAACUAUGCAAUUCAUCAUCUGCCAGGAUGGCGCUUGUGGAUUAUGUUAUGAACAUUCGCCGUCAGAGGGCAUCGCUGUUGUUCAACUGAUAGAACAUCUAUUACGUUAUAUGGAGGAGGUUCGUGUGCAGAAACUGACGAGGAUGCAGUCCAUAUGUGAGAUCCCCUACCCCCGAAAACUGAACUGGAAGGUGUCAGACGAGGUCCGUCAGCGCAUGGAGGAAGCCACGGUCCAUAUUAACAGACUAAUUGAUGAUUUAGACCUUUUUGUUCUUCGCUUUGAGAAGUUUGGAAGAGACUUUCCGAAGUCCCAGAAUAUGAGUCCAGAUUCCUUCAUCCAAUUGGCCCUUCAACUGACAUACUACAAGGUCCACCAUUGUCUAGUGUCUACGUAUGAGAGUGCUUCCACGCGGAGAUUUCGUCUGGGAAGGGUCGAUAACAUUCGUGCUAAUUCCCCCCAGGCAUUGGACUGGGUAAAGGCUAUGGUGGGAGAAACGGAACUGCCGGAUUCUGAGAUAAUACGACUGCUGAGAAAGGCUAUGGAAUGGCAGACAGAUAUCAUGACACAAACUAUUCUUGGACACGGUGUAGACAUCCAUCUUCUUGGUCUUAAGGAAAUAGCACUGGAGACUGGGAGGAACGUUCCUACUAUUCUGAAGGACGAGACAUUUCAAAUAGCAAAUCAUUUCUCUUUGUCUACGAGUCAGGUUCCGACGACAAUGGACGCUAUGAUGUGUUACGGGCCUGUGGUUCCGGACGGCUAUGGGGUGUGUUAUAAUCCACAUCCGAGCAACAUUGUGGUUUGUGUGACAUCGUUUAAAAGUAGCAGUGAAACAAGUUCAGAUUAUUUUGCCUACACCCUAGAAAGUAGUUUCCUACAGAUGCACGAACUUCUGAUCAAGGUUACAGAGGAAACAGCAUUGACCUGCACAAGGAGCAACAGUAUUGAACGGCGUAAUGGCGACCUUAAACGGUCAGACAGCAAAAACGGAAGUCCAAGAAGAUCAAAACUUGUGCGACAAAAACAUGCACAAAACACGAAUCAGGACACCCCACAGAACGGAUCGAGCAAUUGAUCACAUUAGGUACCGGAAGUAGAGAAAUAUUUAGAAGCAUGAGUGUAUUUCAAUAAUUUAAACCUGUUUUGGAGAUAGAAGAAACUUAUAUCAGUUUUAACAGUGUAGGUAAUUGUAUGAUAUUUGGUAAGAGUGUUUGGUAGAAGUAAUGUUUUUAAAUAAACUUGUUGACAAAUUAAAUCAACUUUAUAUUUAAAUGAAAUAUUAUUCAAAGUGAACGAAAUUAUAACAUUAUUACAGUUGACCAGUAAUAUUAUCGAAAACUGAAAGUGUAAAAAAGACAGGAAGUCAAAUAGUCAUACUGAUCAUUGGUAACAGAAUAAUUUAUAAGUAAGAUAUCGAACUAGUGGCUCGAUAUCAAUAACGGAAGUAAUGUAGUACUUCGCAUACAGUAGUGGCAUUCACGACUCUAUGAGGUGUUCACGUGUUGCCAUGAAUAUACACAAUGUCAAAACAAAAUGAGAACAACGAACUGUAAUUUGGGAUUCAGUCAAACACAAGCUUUGCUGUCGGAACUCGGUAGAUUGACACUAAACUUUUCAGACGAUCGGUGGUGUAGUUAACUGAUACUAUCAGAUGUGUUUCCGGCAUUGACAGAGAAUAAUCACACCGUGACAGUGACUUCCCCUUACAGUGUUGGUGCUAUCAAGAAAUAACCAUCCAAUUAAUGAAAAUCAAAUGAAAAAAAGUUUUACGAACUAAUUUUAACGUAUCGAUAAUAACCCACCACAUGGGACACAUGGAUGAUGGAUUCACGUGUCAUUGUGAGGAGACACACGGAUGAAGGAUUCACGUGUCGAGUUGAGGAGACGCAGGGAUAGUGGAUUCACGAGUCGAGGUGAGGAGACGCGCGGAUGAAGGAUUCACGUGUAGAGGUGAGGAGACGCACGGAUGAAGGAUUCACGUGUCGAGGUGAGGAGACGCACGGAUGAAUGAUUCACGUGUCAUUGUGAGGAGACGCACGGAUGAUAGAUUCACGUGUCGAGGUGAGGAGACGCACGGAUGAAGGAUUCACGUGUUGAGGUGAGGAGACGCAUGGGUGAAGGAUCCACGUGUCGAGGUGAGGAGACGCGCGGAUGAAGGAUUCACGUGUCGAGGUGAGGAGACGCACGGAUGAAUGAUUCACGUGUCAUUGUGAGGAGACGCACGGAUGAUAGAUUCACGUGUCAAGGUGAGGAGACGCAGGGAUAAUGGAUUCACGUGUUGAGGUGAGGAGACGCAGGGCUGAAGGAUUCACGUGUUGAGGUGAAGAGACGCACGGAUGAAGGAUUCACGUGUUGAGGCGAAGAGACGCACGGAUGAUAGAUUCACGUGUCGAGGUGAGGAAACGCAGGGAUAGUGGAUUCACGUGUCGAGGUGAAGAGACGCAGGGCUGAAGGAUUGACGUAUUGAGGUGAGGAGAUGCAAAGAUGAAGAGAGCAAGGCGAUAACUUUCCACUUUUAGUACCGUUACUUUCGUCUACUGAGAUACGACUAAACGAACACCUCCUGAAUACGAAAUGAGGAAGAGAAGAAUAUACGUUAUGGAUUGGCGAAGCUCUUCUGCAUUUACCUUUUGCAAUGACAUGAAUAAAUUAUCAUAUUCCAACGUAAAUUUUGUCUCACAAGGAAUGUUGAUGAUACAUUCCAUACAUCCCGUGGUGUUGAAUUAUAGUAUUCAAACAAUGGCUGUACCUAAUACAUUAUCGAGGUAGUUUUCUGUUUUCAGACGCAUGGUAUGGGUCUAUAGGAUUACUACGUAGUCACUUAUUAUGUGUUAGCUCUCUGAUGACGUGUACCUUUUAUGUAUUGAAUGGUUUAGUACUCGGACCAAGUGAUGGCGUUAACGAAUCCUAAGUGGCGAGAUCAAGUCUUUACUGAACUACAGGGUAGCGUUCUCUACAGAGGAAAGUCAGUGACUAAACCAUAUCAAGUCAGAAAAUACGUCGUGAUCCUUACAAUCUUUAACCAACAUUGAUAUAGUAUAUUUAUGUUCCAUGACAUAUCAUUUCAUAUUGAUAAAGCAAGUCAAUGUUAAUAUUCUCUCUGUCGAGGUAAAACUUCAGUAAGUCAAUGUUAAACUUCUAUCUGUCGAGGUAAACCUUCAAUAAGUCGAUGUUAAACUUCUGUCAGUCGGGGUAAAUCUUCAAUAAGUCGAUGUUAAACUUCUGUCAGUUGAAGUAAAACCUCAGUAAGGCGAUAAUAAACGUCGUCAGUCGUGGUAAAACUUUAGUACAUUGAUAUAUAACCUCUAAGCCGAGGUUAAAUUUCAGUACGUCAAUAAUCCAAUAUAACGUUGCUUGAUUUUCUAAAAGCUAAAUAAUGCAUUGUUCAGCUUUGCUAUUUCAGCAAGAUGGAAGCAGGAUAGAUUUUCUUCACUUUAAAUAUAUAGGAUGAAAGUGAAAAACAUAUAAACAGCAUCCUGUCUUGUUUUCAUAAUUACUCUUUGUCGGAGAUACAGUACCUGCAUGACAUAGAAAUUAAUAUUAUUCACAUUUUAAUGAUGAAAUAUCAAUACGGCAAUAUUUAUGUUUAGCUAUAAUACAUGUACUUUGUAGUGUGGUACGUAGAAGAAGAAAAAAAAGAAAUUUAUUAAUAUUCGUAUUUGUGCACCAGUACAAGUAAUUGAAUUCUGUAGAUAGAUUAUAUAAUUUUCAAGGGACAUGACAUUUACUUUUCAGCUGCUUCUGGUAGUCAAAUCUGACAUAAAGGUUCUGCUAUCAAACACUAGUAGUAUUUUUGUAAAAUGUGCUUAUAUGAAGUAGUUUGAGACAACCGUUGUAUAUUAGAUGGAGAUGGUAAAGUGAGCGUGAGUCGGAACUGUUCCUACAGACGCCU